AUGUGCGGCUGCGCGGCCCUCGUCGCCGGAGGCCGGCUGCCACCGCCCGCCCUCCCCCGCCGGCUCCGCCGCCGCCGAGGGAGCUCCGUCCGGGCAGAGGUCUCGCCAGGUGGCGAGUCCCAGAAGAAGAAGGUCGCCGUCGCGGGCGCCGGCUGGGCCGGCCUUGCCGCCGCGCACCACCUCGUCAAACAGGGGUAUGAUGUCACGCUUCUCGCCGCGGAGAGCGGCCCAACCGAGGAGGUUGGCCUCAGAGGAUUCUGGCAUCCGUACCGCAACAUCUUCGCUUUAGUCGAUGAGCUGGGGAUUUCGCCUUUCACAGGCUGGAAUAAAGCAGCCUACUAUUCUGCCGAGGGCCUUGCUGUCGAAUUUCCCAUAUUUCAUAACCAGCCCCGAUUACCAGCUCCCUUUGGAGUCUUUGCAUAUCCAGAAUUCCCUAAUCUUCCUUUGAUUGAUAGGCUGACAUCAAUUCCAGUCAUAGCUGCAGUCAUUGACUUUGACAACACUGACACUGCUUGGAGGAAAUAUGAUGCAAUGACUGCAAAAGAGCUUUUUAAGAUGUAUGGUUGCUCUCAAAGGCUCUACAAGGAAGUCUUUGAGCCAGCUAUUCAGGCUGCCCUGUUUGCUCCUGGUGAGCAAUGUAGUGCAGCUGCAACACUGGGGAUGCUGUACUAUUAUAUGCUGUCUCAUCAGGAAAGUUCUGACUUCUUGUUGUGCCAUGGUGAAGUAGAAGAAAAAAUUCUCUCUCCUUGGCUGCAAUCGUUGGAGCUUAAAGGCUUAAAAUUUGUAGAAAACAAAGUUCCAACAAGUUUGACUACAGAUGCGGAUACUGGAUGCAUCUCUGCUAUUGUCUGUGGUGACGAUGUAUAUGAGGCAGAUGCAUUUGUUUCAGCCAUGGGACUCUCUUCUCUACAAUCCAUCGUCAAAAACAGUCCAUUCCUACGGUCUGAUCGGGAAUUCAGGAAUCUUCUUCACUUAUCUACAGUCGACAUGAUCUCUAUAAAAUUAUGGUUUGAUAAAAAGAUCACAAUUCCAAAGGUUGCCAAUGUAUGUUCUGGUUUUGAUGAUUCGUCUGGCUGGGCAUUCUUUGACCUUACCUCAAUACAUGAUGAUUAUUAUGAAGAAUCAACAACAAUUGUGGAGGCUGAAUUUUAUAAUGCUAGCCAUUUGGUACUUGUAAAUGAUGAUGAUAUUGUCUCUGAAGCUUCAUCACAUCUUAUCAAAUGCAUACAAGAUUUUGAGGGUGCUACUGUGAUAAGAUAUUCAAUCAGAAGAUCUCCUAAUUCUGUAAUCAACUUUCUUCCAGGCUCCUACAAGUACACACUGAGAGGAUCAACUUCCUUUCCAAAUUUGUUUAUUGCUGGUGAUUGGAUUGUCAACCGACAUGGGUCCUUUUCUAAAGAAAAAGCAUAUGUGACUGGACUUGAAGCUGCUAAUAGGGUGGUAGACUAUUUUGACACUGGGGACUUUGCCAAAAUAAUUGCAGUUGAAGGAGAUGAGCCCCAUAUAGAGACAUUGCGUAGUCUCAACAGAAGAGUCAAUGAACUGAAGUCACAAAUUCCAUUCUCAGAAUUCUUUCUCCAGUAA